AUGCCCAUCCAUCAUACACAACAACCUCUUCAACCACAUUUACAAUCUCAACAAUCUCAACAAUCUCAACAAUUAUCACAACCAACACCAUCAGCUUUAGACAUUACAUCGGAUGACCGGCGAGCCAAGGAAUCUGAUGUGACUGUAGGCGGUGACGCAGUCCCCCCCGAGACUGAAUAUUUUGGUUUUGCACUGCACGUGGGGUCUCUUUUCGUGCUACUCCUAUACCUUUUAUGGGCCGCUCUACCUCGCGGAGUCCUCUACGCACUCCACAUCUAUUAUUACCCAUCACGUUGGUGGGCUCUAGCUUUCCCCUGUUAUCUUGUGGUUGCCGUGGCUUAUACCUAUGUUGCUUUGUGGGGGUACAACACUGAGAUUCUUACAAAACCUGUUUCUCAACUGUGCACAGUCACUGAUACCCAUGCUAGAAUCGUGACAAAAUUAGAUAUCCCCAAUACAAAUGAUUAUGACGACACCCUGCAAAUGCAAGAUGAUGACAAGAACAAUGCCGCUAUGCCGAGAUCGUUGCCAGUGCCGUCCGCGCGCCGUUGCAACAACCCUCCCACUGUUGCCCGUGCAACUCCUAACCCACCACAGAUGCAGCAGCAGCAUCUACCGCAGCAGCAGCAUCUACCGCAGUUACCGCAGCUGCCGCAGCCGCCGUUAAGUGACGUACUCCAAGAUCCCCCCUCUACCUCUACCUCUACUUCUACUUCUACUUCUACAGGUACAGGUACAAGCGUCACUACCACAACGCCUCUGGGAAAUCCCUUACCCUCGCACAAAUCACCCCCCCCUCAUUUCAACAGUCCUUACAUGUUUGUACCAUCGGACGGUGUUUGGGACCUACCUCUUGCUCAAGUAUGUCGGCUCCUCUAUUCUACACCCGACCCGGAAGACGGUCUUGUUCAGAUAGAUUAG